AUGUCACUGAACAUCCGCGUCCUUGAGCACGACUCUCAGCUUCAUCACUUAGUCACUCAUGCAGUGAAUGGGGUGAGCCUGUUUCUUCCCACAGUGGCGGUGGAGGGGAGAAAUGUGUCUCUGAGGUGUACUUGGACUGCCGGGACUGAGAUUACAGUCGCGUGGGGCAAAAACGACGUAGCCGUCACCGCUGACUCCAGGAUCACCAUCUCAGGAGGCUCUCUGGUCAUCAACCCGGCCAGGCGGGGGGACGCUGGGACAUACACGUGUACCGUCAGCAACCUCGUCAGCGCCCAAACCGCCACACAGAGCCUCACUGUCUACUAUGGUCCCGACACCCCGGUGCUGACCAAGGACACCCCGAAAGAGUGUGUCGGUGGAGGGGACGUGUUGGUUGGACAGAAGGUGCGUCUCACCUGCAUGUCUGACUCGCUGCCCCCUGCCCUCUUCUCAUGGCAACGUGACGGACAGGCGGUCGCGUCGGGCCAGCCGGACAGCGGGGUGCUCAGCCUUCAGACGUUCUCUACGGACGAGAGCGGCCGCUACGUCUGCACGGCCAGAAACAGCAUCACCGGAGUCACGUCGGAGCAGGCGACAGACUUGGCCAUCGUCGACACAUGUCUAACUGUAGGGGAAGUGGUGGGGAUUGUGAUUGGCGGUUUGCUGCUGAUCCUAAUCAUCAUCCUCCUCAUCGUGCUCAUUGUCUGUCUCGCACGAAGGAGGAGGAGGAGGGGACAACCGAGAGAAAAUGAUACCACUGUGCUUGUGCAGAAGUCCGACCCAGUUCCCAGGCCUGUACCUCAAGAUCCACAACCUAAUGGUGCAAGGGAUUUGGGCCAAGGUCCCCAUCCUCCCCUCUAUCACACGCACACACACACACGCCCCCCUGACCGCUUAUACACAGCGCCGCAGCAGGGCCGCGGCAACCCGCAGACACUGCCGCCGGACGGGCUGCACAGCUCCGACACACACCGGCACAAUGGCCGAACAAAUAGACUCCCACACAAUACAGCUCAGAACGGCAAUUCAUACCCACACAAUGGCAUUGACAAUACAGCUUUCACACACACUGAUACUCCGAAUGUGAACACACAGCCCCAAAAUCCCAACAUCCUCAUACAGGCUGGCUCCGGGCAAGGCGGCGCUCAGCCGUCGGCGGUCCACGUCAACCUGAACACGCUGCCACAAAACGCCCAGCAGAACAACAACAACAACGCUCCGAUGCCGACCAUUCAUGUCAACCUGAACUCGUACCCAACCAACGGCCAGCAGACUCAGCAGGACAGCUCGUUUCCUCUCACCAACACAACCAACAAUAACAACACACAAAGUCAACAAAACUUGACACAUGCAGGUGAAUUAAAUCCCAGAAUACAAAAUGAGCAGCCGUAUCAUAGUGAGCCCCGGGUGAUUGGUCACGAACAUCCGCGUGAACUUAUCCCGACCGGAUACACACAUUAUAACAGUAAUAACAAUUCCCUCCGAAACGCCAACACACAGACGUACCAGCAGGAGCCAGAGCCUCAUGGCAGGUCGGACAGAAACUCUUGGGAUCUCCUCAGAGGGACGCCAGCGUAUCCCAGCGGCACUUUUCAGAGACGACAGCCCCCCCCGGAGUACUCCUCUGACUCCACAUACUACACCACAGACUACUCCACAGACUACACUUCCCACCCUCCCAUACGUGAGGUCAGAACGCCAAGCAGGUCUCAGCCUCGACCUCAGAGCCGAGCCGCUUCCCGGGACAGAGCUCCGUCCAGACGGGAUGCGGAGUCAGCGGACAGACGGACGCGGAGCCGCUCGGCUGAUCUCCGAGCUCCAAACACUCGCGGUGUAUCACAGCUUGAGGCUGAACGCCACACACAGAUAAGUGGCCACACACAAAGGAUGAGUGCUCAGCGAGACAUCAGAGUUUCGCCUGGUAGCCAGAUCGCCCCGAGGCAGGAAGCCACACACAGCAAUAACCCCCGGGCUCUGCCUCUCAGGAGCCAGCCGGCCUCUGUGGGCCGCUCUGCUGCGUCACAAGGACCCGCAACACAACAGGGACCGACUGCACUGCGGGGGGCAGAUUCAAGAGCUUUGGCUGAUCCUAAUCACCUUCCACAGGCACACAUGGCCCAGCAACACAGAGCAGCGCCGAUCCAAACACCACCACAAGGCCUGGGCAAAGAGACACAGCCUGUCAUAAAUGGUGCCAGUCAACCUCGCCAAAGAGGCACCGCUCCAAACUCCGGCUUCUCUGCCCAGCGUAAUCCCAGUAACCUAACCCAGGCUGCACUUACAGCCCACACUAAGAGCGCUGAGACAUUUCAGAAUCGGAAGCAGCAGACCCAGGCUGCCCUGCUGCACCCCGGCCCACAGACACUUCCAGACCCUCCCCGAGAAGCGGCACAAAUCUCCACAUCGAGGUCCUCAGCCCCCAAGACCUCCUGUUAA